UUUUCUAUCAUUUACUUCCCGAAAAAUAAAGUAAUAUUGGCUUACUUUAAAAGUACUCGCUUGAAACGCUAAACAGUCAAGAAAAGGGCGGGAACGAGUGCACAUUGUUUAAAGACGCCACCCCCGAAAAAAGAGCUGAGAUUACUACCGCGUGGCUUUGGGUAGCGGACUUGAACUGUUUUCACCUGCUGGAUAUUGUAUUGUUCUUAAUCAUUUCCCCCAAGACGUGCUUCAUGGCAUGGGUAACACUGCUCAUGUUGUUGAAUUUGGUUCUUGUUGAUGCGAUCGAUAAUAUGACCGCCGACUGUUCGUUCGAGCGAGGUUCCAUGUGUAACUGGGAAAAUGUCGUAACUGUAGACGAGUUUGAUUGGAGCCUGGGACGAGGGGAAACUCCAAGCGCCUUCACAGGCCCCCGCGGAGAUCACACCACAGGCUCCGGUACCUACUUGUUUAUCGAGGCUUCCUACCCUCGAGGCAUGGGCGACUUCGCGCGCAUCACCAGCCCCCCGCUGACCGGUCCUCAAUGCCUGAUGUUCUGGUAUCACAUGUACGGCGGCGACAUGGGCAGGCUUAUAGUCCAAGUCAACACCACCGGAGGGGUCCGGGCGCUGUGGUUCAAGGCGGGAGAGCAUGGCCAGACCUGGCGUGCGGCACAAGUCGAUAUACAGGAGAAGGGGGAGUUUAACAUAUUUAUUGACGGCAUCGUUGGUAAGAGUUUCCAAGGUGAUGCAGCGAUUGAUGACAUCACGUUCCAUCCUGGCAAGUGCAACAGUAGGGCGGUCUUAUCGCUCUACCUGUACGCCGACGAAACUGGGUUCGGUUUCUUAAGCCUGAAUGCGGAUCCCUCCCCUGGCGUCACAACCUUCCUUCAGAACCUGGAGCUGUCCCAGGCCUCCCUUAACCAUGAUGACGACAUCUACCUCCUCUGCCGGGACAGCAAAGGCGUCUACGUGUCUGAAAUGGAGAAGAACCCGCGCCUCCCACUGAAGUGCCCUCCAUGGGAUUUCUUCUUCUCCCCUAGGAGCGCCAGGAAGGGCCUUCUACCGGUGUUCGUUAUUGAUAGGGGCUCACUGCUCCAUCAGAUUGUGUCCUUCCAUAAUAAGACCCUAUGCUGUGAUGUGCCAACCAAGAAUACAGUGAUAUAUGCGCUGAACACGAAUUUCACAGUGAAUCCGUUACACGGAGCACACGUACUCCAGUCUUCCCAAAUGUCAGCCUUUCCAGGCGAAAACGCCGUAGACGGAGAUCAUUCUACGUGCGCGAAGACCAAUUCGGAGAGCAACCCUUGGUUCGAGGCUAGCCUGUCACGUGCUCGUCACGUGUACAAGGUGUACCUUUCAAGCAGACGAUACUGCUGUGAUGGUUAUCCGCUGAACAACAUCAACGUAACGAUUAGCGAUGAGCAAACAACAGUCACGUGUCUUACCACGGACCGCAGGGCAACUGAGUGCGGGCGCAGCUUCUUAUGCCAGCCACCGAUUCGCGCGCUCAAGGUUCAAGUGAAGAUAGUGGGGGAGAAGCAGCAGCUUGUCUUGUGUGAGAUCGCGGUCAAUACUGUCGACUCCCCCGAUCAGCUGCGUGGUGUCCGUCGUGAGAUCUGGCAUGACAUGGGUUCUAACCCUCAGCUCGAAUCAUUCACGAGUAGCGCCAGUCGCCUCGGUAAUCCCAACAGCAGCGGCGUACUGACGGAGUUCAAGGCCCCGGACAUAGACGCCGAUAACUAUGGUCAGCGGCUUACUGCAUUUGUACAGCCCCCAUUGAAUGGCAGCUACAUGUUCUACACGAUCUGCGACGACCAGUGCAAGACUUGGAUCAACAAGAUUGAGCCGAACACGAAGGGUGAGCUGGCUUUCAUCGAGGACCUCGGCGACGACAAGCAACUAGAGCUACAGCUAUCUCACGUGACUACUCCAUCCGGGUACUACAACUGGGACAGGAUACCAAAGCAGCAGCAUUCCAAGCCCGUGUUUUUGGACUCUUGCCGAACUUACAUGCUUGAGGGUCUUAUGAAGGAGUCUUCUGGGAUGGGUUAUCUAGGCCUUGGAUGGAAACAUCCCGACGAUACAUUGGAGCGACCCAUAAAAACAGCCCAAAUGUUCUGGAUGCUGCCAGGUAUCCAGAGCCUCGAGGUGGCGCUUUUUGAUGCCAUUCACAACAACGUCUUAGCAAAAGUUGGAGAGAACUUUCAUUUACACGCGUCGUACAAGAGCUGCUGUAUUGGUAUUUAUUGCCCAACAUGCCGUAUGACGGUCAUCUUCCAUCUGAUUGGCUACGAGAUUCCCGCCACUGGCUUUGUUGACAUGACGUGUGAGCCCGCGUCAUUCAUUGCUGACGUCACUGUCAAUACGGCGCCUGGGACAUACCCUAUACAGGUUUCUCAAGCAACACAGGACUGUAACUUACAUGACACCAAGCAAGUAGUGGGCUACCUGGAAGUUCAAGCGUUAGUUGUUGAAAGCUGUCUGUUUCCUGAUGAUAUGUGCUCUUGGAUCAACUACGACAACAAAGGACUCAACGGAUGGAAGUUACUCACAGCGCCGGUAGACACAAUAGAUCGAUAUUUUGUCCUUCGUGACCCGAAGACCGCUUGGCUCGAGAGCAGCGCCCUUAAGGUCCUUCCUAGCUACCGACACAUCGGACUGUGUCUGCGGUUUCAAUACCUUAUGACUGCAGAGACCGUCAACUUAGACGUGAUUGCGAAGACUCCGACAAAUCGGACGGUGGUGUGGCGCUUGUACGGGCUGCAGGGGGCUGACUGGCAACUUGCGGUGCUGCCCUGGCCCGUGAUGAAUGACACCCAGAUAGCGUUCAAAGGCUGGGGUCAGGGGAAUGGCUCUAUCGGCGUAUCGCGCAUCCGCCUGACAACAGAAUCCUGCCACAUGCAGCCAUUACACGCACAUCCAAGUCACAGUUGCCAUGGUGACCAGUUUCAAUGUCUUAACGGAAUGUGUGUCGGCCAGGAGCUUCGAUGUGAUGGCGACUACGCCUGCGUGGAUCACUCGGACGAAAGGAACUGCGCAUGUCGCUCGGCGGAGUUUAAGUGCCCGGAUGGGAAGUGUGUUCACCCAUCUAAAUUCUGUAAUGGGGAAUCGGACUGCACGGAUGGAUCGGAUGAGUGGAGCUGUGAUAACUCGUGUUCUAGCAGGCACGCAUGCGCAGAUGGUACUUGCGUAACGUGGUCCCUGACAUGCAAUGGUGUCAGUGAUUGUCAAGAUGGAUCUGAUGAGCCAAAACUAUGCGAAUCCCUAAGCUGUCCCUUGGAUGACAUUCGGUGCUCAUCAGUAAACACCACUCAAUGCCAGGGAUUCAGAGGGACGUGUAGCUUUGAAAACGGAUUGUGUGGACUGAUAAGUAACUCAACAUGCGAAACCGAGUGGAUUGUGGGAAGAGGCCCAACCCCGACCUCCAAUACCGGACCGGACGGUGACCACACGACAGGCACUGAGACCGGAAGCUACCUGUACCUAGAGGCUUCUGGGACUAACUCAGGCGACCACGCCUUGCUGCAAAGCGAUUGGCUGCUCCACGAUGAUGUCAUGUGUUUGCAGCUAUGGUACCACAUGUAUGGUCGGCAUACAGGGACCCUGCAGAUUCACAUACGUACGAAUACAUCCAACACGGUGGUGUGGAGAGUGAGUGGCGCUAAUGAAAAGCAGUGGGUGUUUGGCCAGACCCCGAUCAACACAGAUGGGAAGAGAUUCAAGUUUAUCGUAGAAGGGAUAGCUGGGGCCGGGAGUGAAGGUGACAUCGCAAUCGAUGACUUGGGGCUGGUCCCUGGGCCUUGUGACCUUGUGCAGGACACGUCUCUCCCAGACUGUCUGUUUAAGGAUGGUCUUUGCGAAUGGCAGAGUGUGGGAUGGGUUCACGUGGCAGCCGCUGACUCACUUCUCUCUCCGGCAGUGCCUCAACCUGACAGUGGCCCCGGUAUCGUGCGCACUAGCCCAUCCUACCAAGGACAGGGCUCCUUACUCCUUACGCCUCAACUCGACCCAAGUGACGGCUACAGAUGCGCGCGCUUCUGGUACUUCAUAGUGACACUGACCAGUUAUGCUAAGGGCUCCCUGUCAGUCAGUUCUGUUGACUCUAGAGGUUUCCCGGAUGUUUUGCUAAAUAUGUCACGAAGAACGAGAAGAUGGAUCCACGCACAAGUUGGCAUUGACAGGAAUGUGCCGUAUAAGAUCAGGUUCUCGGCCAAUAUGCCAAUCCAAGGCGAGGCCUUCGCGAUUGAUGACGUCACAUUUACCAAGGAGCCAUGCCAAACCAUGGACGCAAAUAAUCAGCUCUGCCGACAGCGUACGACGGAUGGCGACUGCUGUGUCUUCCCUUUCGUCUUUAAAGGGAAGUGCUACCCAUGGUGCAUCGGGGACGGAGUUAAUAGAAUCUGGUGUGCAACCACUGACAACUUCGACCGAGAUGGAUUGUGGGGGAGCUGUGACGAGGGCUCAGGUCCGGCUAUCAUUGAGCCAUGUGCGGUUCGAACGAAGCAAGGCCAGUGCUGCGUGUUUCCGUUCCAGUAUGGAGGGAUCUCUUACUCGCAAUGCACAACGGACUAUCAUACGGGACCUUGGUGCAGCUUGACGAAGAAUUAUGACCGGGAUUACCUGUGGGGAGACUGCUUGGUGCUCGCCGAUGAUGAUCCUGGGAGACAAGUCUGUGAUCAGUUUACCACAGACGGACGCUGCUGUGUUCUGCCAUUCAUAUACGACGGCAAGACAUACAACACGUGCGUAACAUACCGCAAUGAUCGCCCAUGGUGCGCACUCACUGCAAACUACGACAGGGAUGGGAGAUGGGCUCCCUGUGCUGGGUAUGAUGACCCCGAUGAUUGUGCAUCUAUAUACAACAACACAAACACAGAGAUACAUUGGACGUCUAAUGAAGACGCUAUAGCCUCCUGGGUGCCGAGGGGAGAUGACGACCUUGAUGACGUCACGAAGGGAUCACGAGUAGCACAAGAUCACAUAUUCUACGAGGCAAUUUUCAACAACACGUCCCGCGAGGAGCACAUCAUCGUGCGGGACAUCCCGAAGCUGCGUUCCUUCACCGUCUGCACGUGGCUAUGUACUGAUGACGUCACUAUGGCGGGCACGCCCUUCCGGUACGAGGUCUUGUACCAGGAGCGCUAUGUCACAGGAUUCUCGAUCUUGAAUUAUCGGAAUCUCGUGAUCAGUGUCAUGGGCCAAACAAGGGUGACGGCUAUCGCUUUGAACGACGGGAAGUGGCGUCACGUUUGUCUCACGUGGGCAUCACGUGGCGGUGUGUGGCAGCUCUUCACCAACGGUGCCCUGGUUGCUAAUGGUUACGACUGGCACAAGGACGCUGAGAUACCAGGCUCUGGAAAGUUUAUCAUCGCAUGGGACGGACUUAACUCCUCCCGUCGCUUCCUUGGUAAGAUGAGCGGACUCAACCUCUGGAGUGAUGUGCUGGGCGCUGACGAGAUAUCCCAGCGUGCCUUGGGUUGCGGGUUAGAGGAGGGAAAUGUCAAGGCAUGGAGCAGCUUUCGCAGCUCGCUGUCUACUGUGUGUAACGUCAGUAGUCCAGCGGGGUGUUCUUAUGUGCAAAGUGGCGGGUACAUUUUGAAGAGUAACGACUCCUCUGCGAAGAGCAUCUCAGCUACCUUAGAAACAACUCGCUUCAUGACUAUCACCGGAAAUGAUGUCAGCAAGUGUUUUUACUUCCGGUUUAUGAUGAUUGGCAGUGGUGAAAAAGAGCUCGAGCUCUUUCACAAGUCAGGGUCAAAGUCGCGGGAUGAAACACUGGAUGGGGUACUGUGGAUUGCGUCAGAUAGUUCAUCCGCUGAUGUGCCUAUAUGGAAAUCUGGUUUCGUAUCAGUCUCAACACUUAAGCCUUUUAAGAUGGUCGUGAGAGGGACUAUCGUCCCUGGACAAGGCGCGGUCGCUAUAGCCAAGUCGUACCUCAGGCCAGGACCCUGCAAGAGCUUUUCUUUUCACGAGAUCGCAGCCUGCCAACAAAAUCUGACAUCUCCAUCCGGAACAUUUGUUUCCCCUCGUUACCCAAACCCCUACCCUAACAAUAUCGACUGUGUGUGGCGUAUCAUCCGGGAUCCUAGUGACGUCAUUAGACUGCGCAUCCUGGCCUUUGACUUACAGCUUAGUACUAGCUGUACAAAGGACUCUCUUACAAUCAUUGACGGCGUUGCGGGACACCCGCAGACUACGGGUCGCUACUGCGGGACAUUUGCCCCAUCUCUGAUACAGAGCACGUCAAGCGUCGUUACACUGAUUUUCAAGAGUGGUGGGGUCAACAGUGGACAGGGAUUCAAGAUAUCCUACAAGGCGAUAAAUAAUGCAAGCGAAACAAGGGAAGUUUGUUCUCAGAUUGAAGACUGCCCGUCAAGCUGUUCUUGCGUGUACACAAGCGGGAGCGGCCCUCGCAGGAUCCUCGUGAAGGGGCAAGAGUUGACGGCCAUUCCCAAAACAAUGCCACUAGAUACUUUUGCACUGAUGUUCUCCAGUAAUCGUAUUACCAACGUUGACAGCCGUAGCUUCAAGGAGAUACCUUAUCUACAGUACAUAGACCUUAGUCGCAACAACAUAUUCAGAAUAUCCCAGGAUGCAUUUCACGAUCUCAGCUCACUCGCCACCCUUCGUCUCCAGUCAAACUUCAUCACUCGACUCAGCAUCGAGAUGUUCAAGAAUCUGAUGAACCUCAGGACGCUGGACAUUGGGAAUAAUCUCAUCAAGGAUAUUCCGAGUGGGGUGUUCGCGAACGUACGAGAUCUACAAGUUCUGAGUUUUCAGUCUAAUAAGGUCUCAAAUAUGGAUAGCCAUUCGUUUGCAACAGUCAACAACCUAACGCAUUUAUAUCUACAAAAUAACAAGAUAACGGCCCUCUCUCCCGGCGUAUUCGCAAACCUGUCGAAACUACAAGUAUUAUAUCUAAAUGGGAAUAGACUGAAAAAACUUUCAAGAGAUGUAUUCCGUGGUCUGGUUUCGCUCAGAGAACUAAACCUGCACAACAAUGAAAUAACAACCAUCGAUGAAGACACAUUCACCGAUUUGACAAAUCUGAAAAAGUUGACAAUGGAUUGUUUUCUGUUCUGCUGCUACGCCGUCAAGACGUUACCAGGAAUUGAGUGCAACUCGUCAAAAAACGCGUUCUCAAGUUGUGAUGACCUCAUGAAGAACAAGGCGUUACAAGUCUGCAUUUGGAUCCUGGGCUCCUUAGCGUUGCUAGGCAACCUCUGCGUGGUCGUCUGGCGAAUCAUCGUCACGGAGCGUAACAAAGCUCAUUCCUUCCUGUUGACAAACCUGGCGGUCGCUGAUUGGCUAAUGGGCUGCUAUCUCAUCAUCAUCGCCAUCAAGGACUUGGAGUGGCGCGGAGAGUACUUUAAACACGAUGUUGCGUGGAGAUCAAGUCGUCUUUGCCAAUUUGCGGGCGCACUAUCCAUGAUCUCAAGUGAAGUAUCAGUGCUCAUCCUCACCACCAUUACCGCUGACCGAUUUGCUUGCAUUGUCUUCGCAUUCAAAUUUAGACGCCUUAAGUUCAACACCGCUGUGUACAUCGCAGUGUCCAUCUGGCUAUUCGGGAUUAUUGUGUCGGUGUUGCCUAUAUUAGGAGGUAUUGAGUAUUUCUAUGACCAUAGCUGGCAGGCGGGCUUUUACGGUAGGUCCGCCGUGUGCCUCCCUCUGCAGCUAUCACAAGAACGCUACCCCGGCUGGGAAUACUCCGUGACACUAUUCAUAGGGCUCAACGCGGUCGCCUUCUCCUUUAUACUCAUCGCUUAUAUUGCAAUGUUCUGGAAGGUCCGGACAGUUAGUCGUGGCGUCAGGUCCACACAAAUUCGGACAGAGUCUUCUGUUGCUAAGCGAAUGGUGUUUAUCAUUCUCACGGACUUCUGUUGCUGGAUGCCUGUCAUCGUAAUCGGCGUCUUAUCCCUGUUAGGCAAAUUCCCGGAUCCGGAAAAACAGGUUUAUGUUUGGACUGCAGUGUUCGUGCUUCCGGUGAAUUCUUCAAUCAAUCCAGUCCUAUACACGUUUUCCACGCGUGAGUGGCGACGUACGUCAGACGCGCAGGGUUACGCCCACUCUGUGAUGGCGCUGACCAGCCGUGUGCGGCAGACGAUAUCCGUAGCCUUCCGAGGAGGACGUUCUCGUGAAGAGUGUAUCGAGAUGUCCACUGACCCCUCCACCGCCGUCACUAGGCUAAGGGCGCCCAGAAAGUUCGGCUCGUCACGAAGCCUCUGUACCACGAGAAACUCAAUCGGCGAGCGCCCUGUGCCCAAGGUCAAGGUCAUUGGACCCACCACGAUCUUCAGGGGAGAGUUUUCGCCGUCUGUUGGUUUCUACAUGGUUCUGUGCGAGGGCAAGCGAAACACAUCGAUGUGCCUCUUAAAGCAUUUUGCAAGUAAUCAGCGAGUGGACUGGGCACGGGAGGUGGAGGUGCUGAUGCGGUUGCAUAGCAACGGAUCUCAUGCCAACAUCAUCCAAUACAUGUGGCACGGGCAAGCGAAUGACGUCCCGAUAGAAUACGAUAAGACGAAGGUAGCCCCGCUCAAGAGAGGAUGCUGGCUUUUGUGCUACGACUUUCGCACAAGCACGACAUUGACGGACUACCUGAAUAAGACAAGAAAGACACCAGGUCUACUUCCUCAGCUCAUACUAGCGAUAGGCUCUGACGUCAUCAACGCGUUACGUCAUCUCAAGCUCUGUGACGUCAUACAUAAUCACGUGGUGCCGUCCAAUAUUCUGAUCGAAUAUUCGACCGGGGUCCCUCCAAUAAAAGCGAUCUUGGGCGGCUUCGGACGAGCGGUGUACCUCAACUCAUUCAAGAGAUUGAACAACAGCAAGGGCAAGGACCACGAGACAGAUAUCGCACAGUAUGGACAUCUAUUACGUCAUCUGCUGGACCACUCCCCGGACACCAACGGACAUAACCAGAUAUUCCGGGUCGCCGAUCGUUGUAUCCAGGAAUUCAAUAGACCCACGGUCAAUGCUGUCCGUGAGAUGCUUGAUGAGGCCUGGGACGAGUGUGACACGUGGGACACCGUGCUUUAGGCGUUGUCAUCGUCGGGUAUUCCUUGGUGUUACGGAGAGCUUGUUUAUUGGUGCUCAAGGCCUUUGUACUCUAUUUCAUUGUCGCGUUCUAAGGUCUUUGUUUUUGGCUUUUGUUCCCUCCUUUUUUGUGCUGGUUCUCCGUAACACCAAGAAACUACCUUAUCGUAACACCAAGAAACUACCUUAUCGUCAGCAACUGUAUAUUAAAUACACCACGGGCAAUAGGAAGCAGUAAAAAAACCCGUUUUUUUCUAGAACAUAGAGACAGUGAGUGUAGCAAGGUCUCGAUGCAUUGAAAACUGCAGCUUCUACUACUGCAAAGUAAUUGAAUAAAUAAUUGAAUAAAUAAUUAUUUAACACAUUG